AUGGCUGACGUUCCUCCCCCGACCCCAUCUGAGCUCCUGCGGAUGGUGACCGAGCUUCAACAAGCAAAUCAACAAAUGGCGGAGGAAAACCGAAGAAUGCAGGAACAAAUUGCGCAAUUGGUUACUGAUCGGCUGGAACACAACGAUGAUCAUCAUAACCGAGAGGAAAAUCAUGAACGUCGAUCAAUGCCAACCCAUGUUUCUGAAACACCCCAACGGGAAGAAGAGGAAGCCCACCAAACAGAAAGGUCCCAACCAGAGGCUGAGGAAGAAGAGCGCGACAAUUCUGCCGGCCCGUUCACGGUCGACAUUAUGAAUUUCCAGCUUCCCCGACAGUUCACCCUGCCGACCACUCUGACCCCAUACGAUGGAUUAGGAGAUCCAAAGCAGCAUAUUAAGAAAUUCCGAUCUAUUAUGAUUGUUAAUGGUGCAUCUGACCCUAUUUUAUGCCGUUGUUUUCCAUCUUUUUUAGAUGGUCCUGCACUUGACUGGUUUUGCUCUUUGCCUGCAGAUUCAAUAUCGCGUUUUCAAGAGUUGGCAAAGCAGUUCGAAGAUCACUUUGCAGCAUCUGCAAUAUACCUGCACGAUUCUGACUACCUGACGACCAUCAAACAGGGCCCACAAGAGAGCCUGAAGGACUAUAUCACUCGUUUCACAAAGGUCGCCAUGAGGAUCCCCGACCUUCAUCCUGAAGUCCAUCUCCAUGCAAUUAAGAGCGGCCUCCGUCCGGGCAAAUUUCAGGAGACAAUAGCUGUGAGUAAACCGAAAACCUUGGCCGAAUUCCGUGAAAAGGCCAAGGGACAGAUAGAUGUUGAAGAACUUCGGCAAGCCCGCAAAACAGAAAAGUCAACCGCAGUCAAGGAUGAUGAUAAGCCCCUAGAUAGUAAGAAAGCAUUCAAGCCAGUUCCCCGUUAUGAGUCAUACACCCAGUUCAACACAAAGAGAGAUGACAUUAUUAAAGAAAUACUCAACUCCAAAUUAAUCAAGCCUCCUCGUAAAGCCGGCGCUUACCCGGAGUCCAAGACUGUUGAUAAAUCCAAAUAUUGCACCUUUCAUCAGAAACAUGGGCACACAACGGAUGAAUGUGUGAUCGCUAAAGAUCUCUUAGAGCGCCUCGCAAGACAAGGACAUCUCGACAAGUUUAUCGCCGGGCGUAUGCAGAAGAAUGCAACCUCGGCUUCCGACCUUGCAACAGCAAGUCCCUCAUCAAAAGAAAAGGAUAAGACACCAGCCCAACCCAGAGGAAUCAUCAAUUGUAUUUCAGAAGGAUAUGCGGGAGGCGGACAUACUAGCUCGGCCCAGAAAAGAACUUAUCGGGCCAUGUUGGCCGUCACAGAUGCCCCUAAAGUUUCUCAGCCGAUCCAAGAUUUCCCAGAAAUGACUUUCGGUUCAACCGACUUUAAUCAUACCGAUGCUAAUUAUGACGAUCCAGUGGUGAUUUCUAUCCAGUUGGGGGAUUUAAUAGUCCGCAAAGUACUUCUCGAUCCCGGAAGUAGUGCAGAUGUCUUAUUCUUUACCACGUUUGAAAAGAUGAAACUAAGUAACAAAAUUUUGCAACCAUACCAUGGAGACUUGGUCGGAUUUUCCGGGGAGCGAGUCCCUGUUUUGGGUUCCGUGUGGUUACAAACCACACUCGGUGAGCAACCAUUAUUUAAGACACAAGACAUUCAAUAUCUUGUUGUCGACUGCUUUAGUCCUUAUAAUCUCAUAUUAGGUAGACCAUUUUUAAAUAAAUUUACAGCAAUCGUGUCUACAGUUCACCUUUGUGUUAAGUUCCCUGUGCAGGAUAAUUUAGUGGCAACCAUACAUGGCGACCUCCAUGAAGCUCGGCAAUGCUAUAAUACAAGCUUGAAGCCCAUCAAAAGGAGCAACAUGGUGCAGGUCAACUCCAUACAACCCGACCAACCAAGUUUGACAGAAAUCGACCCAAGAGCCGACUUUGAAGAUCGGCCCAUGCCAAACGAGGACUUAACAAAGGUGGCCCUGACCGAGGACCCCGCCAAGUACACCUUUGUGGGGACAUCAAUCAGUAAGGAGGAGAAAGAAUCACUCAUAAAGUUUUUGCGACAGAAUGCCGACUUAUUUGCUUGGACACCUGCCGAUAUGCCCGGAAUAGACCCAUCUGUUAUUACCCACAAAUUGGCAAUUAAUCCAGAAGCUCGCCCAGUUUCCCAAAAGAAAAGAAACCUCGGAGCAGAAAAACGCCUUGCGUCCCUUGCCGAGGUCAAAAAGCACAUUACUGCUAACUUCAUCAAAUAA